AAUUGAGAUGAGAUUAUAAUCGCCAAUCCACAUCAAUUUUUGAAGAGACCCACCCAUUGUCAUAUUGGCUGCCGUCGCACUAACUUAAACUGCCUGUUUUAAUCAAAAUCUGCCCGGGAUCGCAGCCGGAGUCUAUCACCAGUUAGAAGACAAAAUCCACCGUGUUUAACAUCAAAAUAAACAGGAUUAAUGGACAGUGUGGUUGAUUCUCUAAAUAGUGCCUAUCUAGAUUUUAUUGCUGCAGCAGCAACUGUGCUGGAAGCAAGAGAAACUUCCACUGCCCUUAAAAACAUUGCAACAGACACUGCUCUCGAAAGCUUUAAGCAAAAGUGGGAAUUGUUUAGAGUAGCGUGUGAUCAAGCCGAGGAGUAUGUGGAGUCUGUGAAGCAAAGGAUUGGAUCAGAGUGUUUAGUGGAUGAGGCUACAGGGCAUGUGGCAGGGAAACCUGGACAAGCUACCAUGACGGGUCUUCCACCAAUCAGCGCAGUUCGCUUGGAACAGAUGAGUAAAGCGGUUCGGUGGCUUGUGAUUGAAUUGCAGCAUGGCUCUGGAGGACCUGCUGGUUCUUCUAGUUCAGCUCUUUCACAUCCCUCGGCCCCUUUUGAUGCCAGGUUUUCUGAAGAUGCUGCUCAGUAGCAUUUACCUAACUGUAUGAGAUUAUUAAUAUUAUUAAUAAUGUCUUGGAUUUUAUAUUUUCACCGCUCAAAAUGCACCCGACUUUACUGCUUUUGCCGUUUUUCUACCUGUUUAGUAGCUGUAUGUUAAAGGAUGUAACUUAUGUGCACAGUGCAUGAUGCAACACUUCUAAGUUUUCAGUUAGUGAUGCUUUGGUGUUUUAUUGUUUUAUAUCCCACAAAGAUACCGUGCCACCCUUUUGUAACUGAAGAUGGAUUAGUGUAAGAUUAGGUUUGACCCACCCUUUUAUUAAUACCAUAUGCACAAUUAUGUAAGGUUUACCCAUUUCCUUGUGAUCCUGUGUUUCUGUGCCCUGUAAGACGAGGGUAAAAUUAGGUAAAUUGGGUUUGUA